UCUCCUGGGUGCCAGUGCUAUGUAUUCACGCUGUAGGUAAUACAUGUGUUACUGGACAUGUCUUAACGAUUAUAAAAUCAUAUCUCUGUCCGUUGAACGUCACAAUGUUGGCAACCUUGUCGAGGGUUAAAAGCGCGCGGUGGCUGUCUCCGGACGCACUUUUAGGAUACAUACUAGCACGAGAGGUAAGAAGGAAAGAGUCGAGUUUGAUCAGCUGUUCUUCCAUACCGGCGGCGUGGAGGCGGAGGGUCACCGGUGGUUUCAGGGAUGUCAGCACUUCCUGUUCGCUGCUCUCUAAGGUCCGAGAAAACCCGAAGAAGAGAGAGCUGUCUGAAAAGAAGCUGACCCGUUACUUUGUAGACCACCGCCGUGUGAAGCUGCUGGCUGGGUCAGGCGGUAAAGGGGCCUGCAGCUUUCACAGUGAGCCGCGGAAAGAGUGGGGUGGACCAGACGGAGGCAAUGGAGGUGAUGGAGGAAGCAUCAUGAUCAAAGCGGACAAGUUUGUGAAAUCGUUGGCGCAAGUGGUUCCGAUUUACAAGGGAGAAGAUGGGCAAUCGGGGGGAAACAAGAACUGUUAUGGCAAGAAUGGCGGCCCAACUUGUAUUUCCGUACCGUUAGGCACCGUCGUGAAGGAAGACGGAGAGACAGUAGUGGACCUUUCUGAGCACGGCCAGGAGUAUCUGGCCAUAUUUGGAGGGGCCGGUGGGAAGGGGAAUAGAUUCUUUCUUUCCAAUGAGAACCGAGCCCCAAUGAUGGCAACCCCAGGAGUGACGGGCCAGGAGAGGGUCCUUCAGCUAGAGCUCCGCACCAUGGCCCAUGCUGGCCUGGUGGGGUUUCCUAAUGCAGGGAAAUCGUCAUUGUUGAGAGCCAUCUCCAAUGCUAGGCCUGCUGUGGCUGCUUACCCUUUUACAACACUCAAUCCACACGUAGGAAUCGUCAACUACAGGGAUCACGAGCAAGUUGCAGUUGCCGACAUCCCAGGCAUCAUUCGAGGGGCCCAUCUUAAUCGAGGCCUCGGUAUCUCUUUUCUGCGUCACAUAGAGCGCUGCCCGUUCCUCCUCUAUGUUCUGGACCUGUCGACUCCGGAGCCCUGGACCCAGCUUCAGCACCUGCGUUAUGAGCUGGACCAGUAUGAGCCUGGUCUUUCCCAGAGGCCUCAGGCCAUCAUAGCCAACAAAAUGGACCUACCCGAGGCCCGGGAGAAGAUCGAGACUCUGAAGAGCCUCGUCACCCAGCGGGUCAUCCCCGUGUCAGCUCUCACGGGUCAGAACACAGAGGAGCUCAUCCUCCACCUCAGAGAGCUUUAUGACGGCUACCUUCAAGGAGAAGGCAGUGGGGAAGGAAAACCCACUAGGUGGUAGUGAAAACUAUUUCCUCUUGCUCAAGUGAUAUUUGUAUUGUGUAUAUAUUUGUAAUGGAAGAUAUAGAAUGUAUUCAAAUUGCUCAAUAAAUAUAUAAACAAAACAAAGUUUGUAAGUUUAUUAAUGGCUUGCAGCAUGGUGCUCAAUACACUGAAAAUACCUGAGAUGUCUUGAACCCUUAACAGCUUCAUGCUGCACAACAAAGGGGACACGUUACAUGUUAAGAGAAGAGGA